GCAGCACUGCUUCGAUCAGCUGAGCGGACGAAAAACAACUGCUGCAACGAUUUUGUCUUGAUUCUUCUCCGAUCUUAUUUAUAUAUAGAACAGCGCAGCAGCCGGUUGAAUUUUCUCACGCAGCGUGCUUGAUUUUCCCGCUAUUCAUCUGUAUCUGUAUCUGUGUGUGGCCGAGACUGAUCGAGAAGUUUCUGGUAUCCAAAAUUUAGGCCAGAAGGCACAAAACCAACCCAAAUCAAAAUUGUGUAACCAUGACGAAUACCAUUAGCAGCGAUGAAGUACCCGAUGCAGGCAGCUUCAAAGACAAGGGCAAUGAGGCCUUUAAGGCCUCCCGCUGGGAGGAGGCAGUACAGCACUAUAGCAGUGCCAUUAAGUUGGGCUCCAAGCACAAGGAACUACCGGUUUUCUACAAAAAUCGUGCCGCUGCCUAUCUGAAACUGGAAAAAUACGAAAAUGCCGUAGAAGACUGCACGGAGUCAUUGAAAACGGCUCCUGGGGACCCCAAGGCUCUGUUCCGCAGGGCGCAGGCCUACGAGGCUCUGGAGAAGUUCGAGGAGGCCUACAAGGAUGCCACCUCUUUGUUUAAGGCAGAUCCUGGCAACAAAACAGUACAGCCAAUGCUUCAACGUCUGCAUGUUAUCGUCGAAGAGCGAAUUGCCCGCAAUGCUAAGACCUCUACGAAAGUCAAGCAGAUGAUGGAUCUCACCUUCGAUUUGGCUACUCCCAUCGACAAACGCCGUUCCGCAGCCAAUAACCUAGUAGUUUUGUCCAAGGAGCAGACUGGCGCCGAGCUUUUGUACAAGGAACAUUGUAUUACCAAAAUAGCCUCGCUAACUAAAGUGGAAAAGGAUCAAGACAUUUACGUUAAUAUGGUGCGCGUGGUGGCUGCUCUUUGCGAAAAUAGCGUAGAGCGUACUAAAGGCGUACUUACGGAACUGGGAGUACCUUGGUUUAUGAGGGUUCUCGACCAGAAGCACGAGGAUUGUGUGUCCACUGCCCAGUUUUGCUUGCAAACUAUUAUAAACGCUCUGUCUGGCCUGAAGAACAAAACAGAUUCCAAGCCAGAUAAGGAGCUGUGCUCAAAGAACAACCGUGAAAUAGACACUCUCCUCACUUGCCUGGUUUAUAGCAUCACAGAUCGAACCAUUUCCGGAUCUGCUAGGGAUGCCGUUAUAGAGUUGAUUACAAGAAAUGUUCACUACACGGCUUUGGAGUGGGCAGAGCGCCUAGUGGAGAUCAGGGGCCUUUGUCGCCUGCUGGACGUGUGUUCUGAACUUGCGGACUACAAGUAUGAGAGUGCCAUGGAUAUCACCGGCUCCUCGUCCACAAUUGCUUCCGUUUGUCUGGCUCGUAUCUAUGAGAACAUGUACUAUGAUGAACUUAAGCUGAAGUUCACGGAGCAGAUUGACGAGUACAUUAAAGAUAAGCUAUUGGCACCCGACAUGGAGUCCAAGGUGCGGGUCACCGUUGCGAUUACUGCUCUGCUCAACGGUCCAUUGGAUGUGGGCAAUCAAGUUGUGGCUAGAGAUGGCAUCCUCCAGAUGAUUCUAGCAAUGGCCACCACCGACGAUGAACUGCAGCAGCGAGUGGCCUGCGAGUGUCUGAUCGCCGCUUCCUCGAAAAAGGACAAAGCCAAGGCUCUUUGCGAGCAGGGCGUGGAUAUCCUGAAGCGGCUCUACCACUCUAAGAACGAUGGUGUUCGAGUGCGCGCUCUGGUGGGGCUUUGCAAGCUGGGCAGCUAUGGCGGUCAGGAUGCGGCCAUCCGUCCCUUUGGCGACGGAGCCGCCCUUAAAUUGGCUGAGGCGUGCCGCAGGUUCCUGAUCAAACCUGGAAAGGAUAGGGAUAUCCGCCGGUGGGCGGCCGACGGCCUAGCUUAUCUGACACUAGAUGCUGAAUGUAAGGAAAAGCUUAUUGAAGACAAGGCAUCCAUACACGCACUCAUGGAUUUGGCCCGCGCUGGAAAUCAGUCAUGUCUUUAUGGUGUGGUCACCACAUUCGUAAAUCUGUGCAACGCUUAUGAGAAGCAAGAGAUGUUGCCCGAGAUGGUGGAGCUGGCCAAGUUCGCUAAGCAACACAUACCAGAGGAGCACGAACUGGACGAUGUGGAUUUUAUCAAUAAGCGCAUUACAGUGCUGGCAAAUGAGGGCAUUACUACAGCUUUGUGUGCCCUGUCCAAAACGGAGAGCCAUAAUUCGCAGGAGCUGAUUGCCAGAGUUUUGAACGCAGUUUGUGGAUUGAAAGAGCUUCGCGGAAAAGUGGUUCAAGAAGGAGGCGUUAAGGCGCUGCUUCGCAUGGCGCUUGAGGGCACCGAGAAGGGCAAACGCCAUGCUAGCCAGGCAUUGGCCAGGAUUGGAAUAACCAUCAACCCGGAAGUGUCUUUCAGCGGUCAGCGCUCGCUUGAUGUUAUCCGUCCUUUGUUGAACCUUCUGCAGCAGGACUGUACGGCGUUGGAGAACUUUGAGGCCCUAAUGGCCCUCACCAAUUUGGCCAGCAUGAAUGAAAGCGUUCGCCAGAGGAUUAUUAAGGAGCAGGGCGUGUCAAAGAUUGAGUUCUAUCUGAUGGAGGAUCAUCUUUACCUCACCCGUGCAGCUGCCCAAUGUCUGUGCAAUCUGGUCAUGAGCGAGGAUGUGGUAAAAAUGUUUGAGGGAAAUAACGACAGAGUUAAGUUCUUGGCCCUUCUCUGCGAGGAUGAGGAUGAGGAGACGGCAACGGCCUGUGCUGGAGCUCUGGCCAUGCUUACUUCGGUGUCGGUUAAGUGCUGCGAGAAAAUCCUGGGCAUCGCCAGUUGCCUGGACAUCUUGCACACUCUAAUCGCAAAUCCCAGUCCGGCCGUCCAGCAUCGCGGCAUUGUGGUGAUCCUAAACAUGAUCAACUCUGGCGAGGAAAUCGCAAAGAAGCUGUUCGAAACGGACAUCAUGGAGCUGCUAAGCGGCUUGGGUCAGCUGCCGGACGAAUCGCGUGCCAAAGCCCGGGAGGUGGCCAUCCAGUGUCUGGCGGCGGCGGAGCGCUAUCGGAUCAUCGAGCGGUCCGACGAUGCGGAGAUCCCUGACGUGUUCGCCGAGAGUGCCAAGAUAACUGAGAUUAUCGAUGAUUGAACGAAUUUCGUUUGGAGUCUGACUCUUCUGUGCCUUUACAUCUUCUUUCCCCAUUACAUCUUAUUUGCUAUACUCACCUUAUCACAACCGAAACUUAAUUUAUUUUCAACAAAAAAUCAGAUGUACUUAAAGUGUUUUUUAAUUAUUGUACGAAUUUAUUAUUAAAUUCAAAAGAGAGUUUUUCGUUUUGAA